GUUCUAAGUGAAAAGUGGCAAAUCUAGUGAAAAUGGGAUCCGGAUUUAAAUCAUCUCUAUAUGCGUGUUUACAUCUUAUGCCGGAUUGGAUGCGAAGAAUAACAGAUGAUUAUAAGGAGGAAGCAUGCGGAAUUCGCGAAUGGGGACUGCACCUUCUAGAGAAGCAGGGUCGUGCUGCCGUGUGGGCGGUGAGCUCGGAGCUGGGCGUGCGAGCUCCCGGUGUGGCCGCGUUGGCCUGUCGCCUCAUGGAGCGCUACCUGAACAGCCAGAUGCGGCACUUUGAAAGCCACCAGAUCCCGCGAUUUCAGCAGGGAUUGCGCCUAAGGAUACCCGCGUUAAUAGCAUCAUGCGUGCAAAUAGCCGCUAAGAGUAACUCGGCUGCCAUCUCCCUGUCCGCCUCUCACGUGUGCAGCUACCUAUUCCGGCAAGGAGUCCAUCACUCCGUCAAAGAUGUCGUCACGUGGGAAUAUCACGUGUUUGAAACUAUCGGUUACCGCGUGCCGCUGUGGACGAGCGUGGAGGUGGCCGAGAUGCUGGCGGUGCAGGCGCGGCUGCCGCCGACGCUGCUGGAGCCGCUGGGCAUCGUCGUCAAUCUGGCCGAGUACAAGCGCGACCUGCUCGACCGGCGCGUGCGUUGGGUCGCCAACGUUUCACCUCACAAGUACCUGCGAACAAUGGAAGGGUUCCUGCACCACAUGGCGCCGCAGUUCCUGCACCCCGCGCUGCAGAGCUUCGGCUGCGGCGCCUUCCGACCUAUCGGAGGCGCCUUCCACCCCCUGUACCCGGGGAAGGCCUUCGCAAGGCACCUGGGGGAGCAGUACGCUCUAGGACAAUCCGUCGGGCAAGCUCUCAGGAGCGUCCGGGACGACAGUAGCACGCCGCCACUGUACCGGCACUACCCGCGCGACGACACCAGCUCCCCGGGCUCCGCCGCCUCGGCGUCGCCGCGGCCCUGCAAGGACGAUGAGCCGCCCGCCACCGCGCCCUGCACUGACUCACAUGAUUUCUUCUCCCCUGAUGGCGAGCGCAAGUCAGCAUGUGGUGUAUGCGGCGCGCGGCUCGGCCCGGGCGUGGCGCAAGCGCACUUCCUACAGGAGCUGCAACACCUCUACAGCCUGAGCGCGCUGCCCCGCGACGCCGCGCCGCCCGCGCACUCGCUGCAUCACCAGGAUGAGGACGCGCGCUGGGAAACGUACCAGCGUAUCCGCGCCAACCGGCAGCGGCGACUGAAGUUGCGCACUCGCAAGCGGCAUCACACCGUGGAGAGCAUGCUCGGGUACGACUUGGAGGAGGAGCGGCGCGAGGAGCGGCCGCGCGAGCCCCGCUACGACGCCGAGGACGAGCCCGUCGACGUCGAGGGCGACUCGCUCGGCUGGCCUGACCAGCCCAUCAACCUCGACGAAAAAGAAACACGAAACGAUGGUGAAAAGUUGCACCUGAAUUACGCCGAGGACCUUGAAAUAUCAAGCACGAACGAUGCCAUGCAGUCACCAGAACGCGUGAGGAUUGAAACUCCAAAGCCGCUAUCACUUGAGUGCGCGCCGAAGACGGAAAGCGCGGAGAGGCCGGCGGAGGUGUCCACUUCAGAGUGGGCCGCCGGGGCCCCCGCCGCGCGCGACUCCUGGCCGGCCAUCGCCGCCGAGGCCUACGCGCACGCCGCGCGCCACAAGCUCGACGGAGAAAACUUACCCUCCUCUACCGACUCGCGCAACUAAACCCCUCGCCCACUCCCAU